AUGAUGAUUACGUUACUGUUUCCACUCUUAUUGACAGUAGCAAAAGCUAUAGAUCUCGAUACAAGCUCGAAAACUUCUAUCUGUGAUGCUACUGCCUUGAUUCAAGACGGUAUGCUCGAUUAUUAUGAGGGUAUAAGGUACGGUGGUACCGUGGGAAUGUUCCAAUCUCCCUACUAUUGGUGGGAGGCUGGUGAAGCGUUUGGUGGUAUGCUGGAGAAUUGGUUUCUUUGUGAAAAUGACACUUUUAAAGAAAUUAUUUAUGAUGCUAUAUUGGCUCAAACAGGUUCAGAUUAUGAUUUUAUGCCAGAAAAUCAAACUAUGGUCGAAGGUAACGAUGAUCAAUGUGUCUGGGGUCUAACUAUAAUGGAUGCUGUCGAAAGAAACUUCACUGACCCAACUGAUGGUUCACCUGGCUGGCUUUACAUGACUCAAGCCAUUUUCAAUGAAAUGUGGUCUAGAUGGGACUCUGCCAAUUGUGGAGGAGGUCUCAGAUGGCAAAUUUUCACCUGGAAUUCUGGUUAUGACUAUAAAAGUACAAUUUCUAACGUUUGCUUGUUCCAAUUAGCAAGUAGAUUGGGCAGAUAUACUGGUAAUGAUACCUAUUUAGACGUGGCGGAAUCAGUUUACGACUGGUUAGUCGAUGUAGGUUUCAUUAAUGUCGCUAAUGGUACGGCUUAUGUCUAUGAUGGUGCUGAUAUCUCGGAGAACUGUACCGAUAUCACUACCAUCGAUUGGUCAUACAAUCAUGGUAUUCUUCUAGGUGGCGCUGCAUAUGCCUAUAAUGCAACUAAUGGUUCAUCUGUCUGGGAGAGUAGAGUUACAGAUAUCGUAGAAGGUGCGAAAAGUAUUUUCUUUAGCGAUGGCAUUAUGUAUGAAAGUGCCUGUCAAGAUUACGAUACUUGUAACAAUGAUCAAAGAUCUUUUAAAAGUAUUUUCUCCCGUAUGUUGGGCUUUACAAGUGUUUUAGCACCAUUCACGGCUUCCACUAUUGAUCCGCUCAUCAAGUCAAGUGCAGCUGCAUGUGCUUUAAGUUGUGAUGGUGGUACUGAUGGUCAUACAUGUGGUUUGAACUGGCAGGAUAAAACAUGUGACGGUAAUUACGGUUUAGGUGAGCAAAUGUCAGCUUUGGAAGUUAUUCAGAACUUACUUAUCCACGAUAGGCCAGCUCCGUACACUGCUUCGACCGGUGGUUCUUCUGUUGGUGACGCAAGCGCCGGUCUGAACACUACCACUUCAAGUGCAGAUGUAUUGGAAAAUAACUUAACCAUUACUAGUAAAGACCGUGCUGGUGCGGCAAUUAUCACAGCUGUUAUUUUAGGUUGUAUGGCUGGUGGUGCAAUUUGGAUGUUAUUCUAA